CACACUGGAGGGCUGGUUGCACCUUGUGAUACCUGUCAAGAAACUUAAAUUGUACCAGAAAAGCCAAAAUGGAGUUAUCAAUGCCCCCACCUCAAAUAUAUGUAGAAAAAACUCUGGCCAUCAUCAAACCAGAUAUUGUUGACAAAGAGGAGGAGAUACAAGAUAUUAUUCUCAGAUCUGGAUUCACCAUUGUUCAGAGAAGAAAACUACAUCUCAGCCCUGAACACUGUAGUAACUUUUAUGUGGAACAGUAUGGGAAAAUGUUUUUCCCAAAUUUAACAGCUUACAUGAGUUCUGGACCACUUGUUGCUAUGAUACUAGCAAGAUAUAAUGCCAUUUCUUACUGGAAAGAACUUUUGGGACCAGCUAAUAGUUUGAUAGCUAAAGAGUUACACCCAGACAGUUUAAGGGCAAUUUAUGGCACAGAUGACUUAAGGAAUGCACUUCAUGGGAGUAAUGACUUUGCUGCUGCAGAAAGGGAAAUUCGUUUUAUGUUUCCUGAAGUGAUUAUUGAGCCCAUUCCAGUUGGACAAGUUGCUAAGGACUAUUUAAAUUUAUAUGUAACACCAACUCUGCUUGAAGGACUCACAGAACUUUGCAAGCAAAAACCAGAGGAUCCUUUUAUAUGGCUGGCUGAUUGGCUGCUGAAGAAUAAUCCCAACAAACCUAAGCUUUGCCACUAUCUAAUCACAGAAGAAUCUUAAAAUCCACCAGGAGCC